UUUUUGACCCUAAUUUCACACACACAUAAAGUUUCAAGUUGCAAUAGCCCCCCGGCUUGGAAAUCUGCAUUGCAGAGAGGAGAGAGAAAAAUGGGUAGCAAAGCAGGGUCGACACCAUCAACAUACUCCCCUUCUACUCAAAAAAGCAAACACCAAAAACCCACUUCUACUUCUAUUCACUCUAAUCAACUUCGUUCUGACGGCCGUGGUUUUUACCAGUGUAGGCCUGCGUACUUGAAGACUGGGGCUGUCAAUGCUGCUGCUGGUUCUGCUUAUGCAGAAUUUGGCAACACCAAGGUCAUUGUAUCUGUAUUUGGACCUAGAGAAAGUAAGAAGGCAAUGAUGUAUAGUAAUACGGGCCGGCUGAAUUGCAGUGUCAGCUAUACACCUUUUGCUACCCAAGUUCGUGGCCUGGGCUCAGAACAUAAAGAGUUUUCCUCAGUGCUUCAUAAAGCUUUGGAAGGGGCUAUAAUAUUGGAAUCAUUCCCAAAGACAACAGUUGAUGUUUUUGCAUUAGUUAUGGAAUCUGGUGGAAGUGAUCUUCCGGUUAUUAUAUCGUGUGCCAGUCUUGCUCUAGCUGAUGCAGGGAUCAUGAUGUAUGAUUUGGUUGCAGCAGUUUCUCUGUCUUCUCUAGGGAUCAAUCUCAUCAUUGAUCCUCUUCUGGAUGAGGAACGCUCUCAAGAUGGAAGCUUGAUGUUUACUUAUAUGCCAUCCCGUUCAGAGGUUACACAGUUGGCUAUUACCGGAGAAUGGACAACCCCGAAAAUUCAUGAGGGAAUGGAGCUCUGUCUUGAUGCCUGCAAGAAACUCGCCAAGAUCAUGAGAUCGUGCUUGAAAGAAACUGAUUCUCCUUCAGAUGAGUAGUUUGAUUCAUUUGCUUUGGCAAGUUAAUCUCUUUUCCAUUUUAAAUAUAUCUCUUAUGCUAACCCAUGAAUUUUGGUUCCCUUUUGUCAAGAUGGGAGUAAAUUCAUUGUAGGUGGAUUUAUACCAUAUCCCCAUUUUUGCCCCCGAGUUUUGAGAUACUCUCCAUCACAUUGUAAAUACCAUGUCUUCAAGUAGUUCUAGGCGGAGAGGGUUAGAAACUAAAUAGAAAGGUAACUAGGUAAGGAAACAAAUUUGGUACAAGACAGAAGAGAGGUUUCUUGCAUGGAGCUAUCUGAAUCUUUGGGCAUUAAGUUGGAUCCCUUUCACGUUAUAUAUUUUUUUAAUUUCCUCGUCU